AUCAGAUGGAUCCGCUGCCGAGUCCGUCCCCCCUGGCCACGAGGCUGCGGAACACGCUUGUGCGGUACCACGGCAUCGCAGACGGAGAGUGGAGGGUGGCCAAGAAAACCAAAGAUGCGACUGUGUGGCGUAAACCAUCAGAAGAAUUCAGUGGAUACCUCUACAAAGCUCAAGGAGUGGUGGAAGAUGUUACUAACAGAAUAGUGGAUCAUAUUCGCCCUGGACCUUACAGGCUAGACUGGGACAGCUUAAUGACUUCAAUGGACAUCUUGGAAACAUAUGAAGAGAACUGCUGUGUGAUGCGCUAUACAACUGCUGGCCAGCUCUGGAACAUCAUAGCACCAAGGGAAUUUGUUGAUUUCUCUUACACCGCAAGCUAUGAAGAUGGGCUUCUAACGUGUGGUAUAAGCCUCGAUUAUGGGGAGGUGAGGCCUAACUUUGUGCGUGGAUUCAAUCACCCUUGCGGCUGGUUCUGCGUUCCCCUCAAGGGUUGUCCCAACCACAGCCUUUUGACAGGCUACAUUCAGACUGAACUGCGGGGGAUGCUCCCACAAUCUGCAGUAGACACUGCCAUGUCCAGUACCUUGGCCAAUUUCUACUCUGACCUCAAAAAGGCACUCAAAUCGUAGACAAACA